AUGGCAGCAGCCAGAGCAGGAUUCUGCCCUCUCAUGGGGCUCCUGCUGCUGGGGCUGUGGAUGGCCAAGGACCCAGUCGGUGCCAAGCCCAGAAACAUGACCUCAGCUCGGUGGUUUGAAACUCAGCACAUGCAGCCCAAGCCUCAGGGGUGCAAUGCUGAUGGCAACAUCAGCAAGUAUUCCAAAAGCUACAAAGGCCGCAACACCUUCCUGCAUGAAUCCUUCUCCAGCAUGGAGACUCCCAUCAUAACCUGCAAGAAUGGCCACCAAAACUGCCACCAGAGCCAGAAGCCUGUAUGCCUGACCACAUACAAGCUCAUCUCAGGGAGGUGCUCAGACUGCAGGUACAAGGAGAAGCAACUGGAUGCAUUCUUCAUCGUGGCCUGUGAUCCUCCACAACGGAAGGAUGGCCUAAGGUACCAGCUGGUCCUGUGCUUUUGGAUAAUGUUGUCUAAGGCCAGGUGUUCCCUCACCCCAAGCUCUGCAGACUCCCAAUGCUACAGCUGCAUUUCCUCCCUUGAGUUCUUCACUAAUCCUUACCCUUUUUGCAAAUACCACUUCUCUCCCACGCAGCCAACUCCACAUACUCUUAAUUCCUUACGGGGUUUUGUGGAUGCUCCAAAUGGUGAGGGAAGAGAGGUGGUUCUCCUUAGCCCUUCACUGUUGCUUACAUUGCUUUCUGAGUGUGGAUACCAUGUGGCCCUUCAAGCACUAAGGCUCUUGGCAGAGGUGGAUCCAGGUUUUGUGGGGCUUAUGACAUAUGCAGUUUUGGAGACCAUCUUAAAGAAGAAGAAUACAGUCAGGACCUUAGAAGAGCUGUGGUUGGACAGUUCAGAGGGAACCCCGUCGGGGGAGGCGGAGAUUAUCUAA